AUGAAUGUUUUUGUAUUAACUUUAAAGCCAAUCUUAAUGUUAUGCAAGAUUGUAGGCAUCAUCAAAACAUCAUAUUAUUUCGAAUCAAAUGGAUUACUGGUCAAAAAUACAAACUCAAGAUAUCAUUCGCUUUUCGAAUUUUCAAAAACAGUUGUCUUGUUGUUAGUUACUUACUACAGUCACAGACAAUUUGACCUUCUUGAUACAUUGAUUCUAUAUACAUUUUGGAUCGUCAUUAUUACAUCAAGAAUAUCAGAAACCUGGAUCAUUAAGUUGAUUAAUGGCAUUAUCAAAUUUGAUCAAAAACUGACAUCAUUACCAACGCACUUACAGGCUCACCAGCGUCAGUUAAAUAAACAAUAUUGGAAUAGAAUCUUUACUUGUGCAACUUUGUACUACAUAGCAUUAACAUUAUUGUACGUGUAUUUAUGGCCUGUAAAGAUAUUGGAUUUUACUAUCGUCAUUAUGUUUUUUGUCCGUAUUGGUUUCAUCGUAGAAUUUACAGUGAUUGUUUCUUCUCACUUCUAUUUACAAAACUUAGAGUAUAGAUUCGAACUAUUGAAUGAUUUCUGGAAAUGCCUUCCAGCUGGAUUGUUGGAUGUUCCUGGUGAAUGUUCACUCCAUGAUAUAGCGAUGAUGGUGGAUAACAUACGAUUGUUACACGCUGAACUAUCUGACAUAUUAAGAAUAUUCAGUAUGGGUUACGGACAAAUGCUUUUGGGAUACUUUGUGUUCAGUUACAUCAACACGUUGGUUUGUCUUUUUUAUACAAUUUGCUUUAAAUUUUCAAUAUCUGAAGAAAAUAAUCCAAUGAUGGAAAAGAUCUUGAAAGAAUCUGUACAAUUCAUCUAUUAUUUACAAAAUAUAAUUUUUACAAUGUCCAUUGUAACUGCUGCCUUACGAGUAAAUGAUAAGAAAAGACAGAUAAUAUCUUAUUUACGAUUAACCAAGAUUUCAAAUGUAUCCACUGCCUUAAAAACCCAGAUUAAAAUGUUUAUGAAUCAAGUAUCAGUUUUUGAAUCAGACGAAAUGACAGCUUAUGGAUUUUUCAGUAUUAAUUUGAAUCUGGUUAUGUCAAUAAUAAUAUUAAUUAUUUCUGGAAUAGCAACGUUAAUACAAAUGAAAGAACACCCAUAUAUAAUGCAAGCAAUAAAUGCUACAAAGAAUUUCUAUCAACAGUCUAAUAUAUCGGUGUAG